AUGGCCAGCUUUGAUGCUAUUGACCUACUGUUACGCUAUGAAACGCCGCUCGUCAAGGAUAUGGAGCCAGAAGACGAUGUGCUGGAGUGGGUGGCUGCUUACGUGGGAAGUGAGAGCUUUCAAGAGUCUAUCAACAACUUUUGCAGCACCCACGCAAGCCACUUUUCCAUCCUCCUGACCAAAGGAGGACCUUCCGCUGCUGAUCUGGAUAAAGUUGAACAGACAUGGAAGGAGCUGCAUGAGGCGUUUAUCGACACAGCUAACGCUAGCAUCGAAGCGUUUCUCUCAACGAGAGGAUUUACCAUGGAUCAAUAUCACAGCCGCUGCAAUGAAGAGAUAGCACUUUCUGAGGAGCGGCAGCGGCACACUCGGCUUAGUUUUCUCGUGCAAAUUCUCAUGGCUUGCUGCGAGUACGAGCAAUUCCUGAAUCUAAUGAAGCGUGUGGCCGAUCCUGAAUACUACGAUAAAAAAGAAUUGCAGUUUGAGGCCGAAAAUCUUGUAUACGAGGCCGAGGAGAAAGGCGAGAUAAAUGCUCAACAGGCUGCCGGUGCACAGGCCUUUUUGGAUUUUUUUCAGGCCAAUCCCAACUUGACACUAGACGAGCUCACGCAGGAAUUUGAAAAGAAGCUUCAGCUGACGUGA